UCUCCACCACAUCCAACCCAAAGACGAAAUCGCCGUACGAGAUGUGGGACGGGCACCCUCCCCCGCCGGGGGCGACGUACCCGUUCCUCAAACCUGCCUUAUACAAGGUCAAGCGCACGCACAAGUCCGAGUCGAAAGCCCAAAAGUGCUUUUACCUCGGCCCGGGAAUCAACACCAACCGUGAUUGCGCGCGCAUCCUCAACGAAAAACGCCAAGCGAUCACAACUCGCAACGUCACCUGGCAAUCCGUACCCGCUGCACCCACCGCCCUGCCCCAGUCGCUGCCUCCCAUCGCAGAGGAGGAAGAGGAAUUCGCGACUGGGGAGGACGAGGUUGGAGAGGGCACGUCAAGCCAAGGUAAAGGGAGGGCGGAGGGAGAAACUGUGGAUGGAGAACCAUGUUUCAACCUUUGCACGACGGCAGCCCCAGGGCCAGCGGGGUCGCCCGCUCGCGUAGCGCCGGCGGCGCCACCGGCCGCGCCCCAGGAGUCGGGCGCGGGCGACGCUGGCGAUGGCGCCCCCUCGAGCAGGAAGGGCGCGAUCGUCGCCCCAUCUACCACGUGGGUCGGCAUGGCCGAAGUGGGCGGCGGCGAGGACGACCGCCGCAGCAGCAGCAGCCGUGGUAGCGGCGGCAGCGGCAGCAACAGCGGCAGCAACAGCGACAGCAGCAGCGGCAGCAGCAGCGGCAUCGGCAGCGGCAGCGGCAGCGACAGCGACAGCGAGACGGAUCGCCCGGCGCUCCGCAGGCCAGAGGCCCGGCGGCUCGCCCGCUUCGACAAGCCGGCGGAACUCACCAGCCGCCGCACCAGGGAGAACCCUCGCCGAAAUCCGAGGUACGAGUCGCCCCCGUCGCCGACAAGUGCCGAAGCCCUGCUCGCCUCGGCGGGGAGCCUGCCCGUCAGCAGCACGGAGGAGUUCACCAGCUGGAUGCUCUCGGCGGUACUUCACGUGGCGGAAGGGCUAGAGGCAAGGGCAGUGCGAGAGUUUCUGUUCGAGCGCGCGGAGGAGGCCCACGCGGCGCACCAAGAGGCGGAGGACUUCCUGCUGCGUGCGGUGGACCUCACGCUCAACUCGCCAGACGCCUUCGAGACGGCUCUGGCGUCCCACGAGCUAAGUGAAUCCCCCAUAGGNAGGAUUUCCUGCUGGGUACGGUGGACCUCAUGCUCAACUCGCCAGACGCCUUCGAGACGGCUCUGGCGUCCCACGAGCUAA